AUGGUCAUUCGGGCAACAUCAGGACUUGUUGGUCAUGACCAUAAUAUUGAUGAUGCCAGGGCCGAAGGCGAGGGCAUCAACAAUAUUAUGAAUACGUUAUCCAUACCUGCUGAUUUUAAUAACCAAUAUAUCCAUGAAAAAUGCACUCCAAGAAAUAAUUUGGUGAUGUUGAAAACUCAUAAGAGUGGAAGCAGUACUUUACAGAACAUCAUCUUAAGAUAUGCGGAGAAACACAACUUAAGUGUUGUAUUGCCGAAAGAAGGGCACCAACUUGGUUAUCCAGAAAACUUUGAUCUAGCUGAUAUCAUCCGUGCUCCCUGGGGCCAGUACAAUAUUCUUACGAACCACGUAAGAUUCAGUCCAGACAAGUCCAUCAUGGGCAUGGGGUUCCGAUCUACCCAGUUCUUUGUGGCGACACUUGUAUUUUGCGUAGCACUACAAGGGAAGUUCGAAUCCCUCUUCAAUUACUACAGACUAGGCGAUGUUGUUCGCGUCCGCAGCCUGACAGACCCACUGAGCACCUUUCUGCGAUCUCCUCAUUCGUACCCUCGCAAUUACUUCACUAAAAACAACUACAUGUACGACCUGGGAUUUAGCGAAGAUGAUUGGAAUACGCCCGAUAAAAUACGAGAUAUUAUCAGAACCGUUGAUAAGAUAUUUGAUUUCGUUUUCAUAUCAGAAUAUUUCGACGAGUCGUUGAUUUUGUUACGGCAUGCGAUGUGUUGGAGCAUCCGAGACAUCGCUUACUUCAGCGUCAACGUACGCCAUCGAAGUUCUACCAGAGCAGUGACCCCCUGGAUGGAGCAACAGAUAAAAAAGUGGAACGUCGGAGACUACCAACUGUACCGGUACUUCAAUAAAACAUUCUGGCAAAAGGUUUACAAGUUCGGAAUCAAGAGGAUGGAAAAGGAGAAGCAUGAUUUACAGAGAGAAAUACAGAUCUACAUAGAGAGAUGUAUCGAUGACGUCACAGUUAACGGCAAAGGAAUUUGGCACUUGGAUGGCGUGUAUAUAAACAGUUAUAAAUUGAAACCGUCGGCUCGAAAUGACGUUGAAUGCAUUGGCAUGACGAAACCGGAACUGACCUUUACACAAGAGCUAGUUUCAAAGCAAAGACGGCGCAAUAAAGAAUUCAGAUUACAAAACAACGGCACCUUAGGCAGGCCAUUUUCACGGAUAACCCUAAAUGGGGAAUUACGUUACUGA